UUUUACUCAGAUGUUAUAUCUGGUUUGUCGCUACAUUCGGUUGAUUUGGAAGAUGUUCCUGAGGCGAUGAUUGGUGGAAGUAGUGGCAAACGCCGAAGCGUUGCCAGUUCAUGCUCAUCUGUGACUGGCGGUGACACCAGUAGCAGUGUGUUCAGUGGUUUAGGCGCCUCAGGCGCCGACGGCAUAGAUGGUGUCUCGGCGGGGAAGGCAGCUGCCAUCGCUGCCCUGACACGGAUAGUGUGUUCUAAACGUACUACCGAAAAGCUCCCCAUUCAACAGCUGGCCAGUUUUCUAUCAACAAUACAUGAGGCACUGAUUGAGAAAGAUCGGUUAGUAUUGUGCUCGUUGUUCUUCUAUGGACAGAAUCUUUUUCGAUUAGGACUACCCGGUAUUGAAGCCAUUCUACCUCAUUAUCUUUUCGCCUUAGACAUAGUACUUAUUGAAAGCUCAAAAUUAAGGUUACAUCCGUCAAUUUCGGAAGUAGAGAUGCGUAGAGCGUGUCUGAGAGGUUUGUCGUCGGUUGUAUGUUGGCCUACGACAUUUGGAAUGAAUAAAAUACCCCAAUUAGCCGAUAGUUCCAACUUGAAGUCAUCAGCUGUGACAUAUCUGCAGUUGCGUUCACGAAUCUACAAAACACUAGUUUUUAAUUUACGAAACGAAACCGAUUCCGUUAAUCUUCAAUUGACACUAGCAAUGUGUACGGUAUUAAUGGAGGAAAGUUGUUCUUAUGAUCUUGGACUAACGGAAACAGAAAGACAUGAAAUGAUACGCAUCACUACUCAGCAGCACGGAACGCAAGCGCCGGAAAAAGGACUUUGCGUCUCGUUUGUACGAGGGUUUGUCUCGGCUAUUUGUGAUCGAAUUUGUCGGCCUGAAUGGGCAGGUGAACAUUCCAUAUCUUUAGCGGCUAUCGACGUCCUGAAUUGCUUAUCACAUCUCCAUCCAAGUGUACUUUUUAAUAACAAGGAUGUCUCCACCGGUUCGCUCAUAGUGGCGUCACUGUGCCGAUUUAUUGAGACCCAACUAGGCAAGCCACCUCCACUGCACUCCAAAGAUUUGCAUUCCACGGUUGUAGCAGCAUACAGUUCUAUAGCGGUGUGGUUAAACGCGGCCCCGAUUCUGGCAGAAUGCGAAGGCGUUCUGAAUACGGUAGCUGAAGCUGUUCAGCUUGGUGUGACUGGAUCGAAGAAAGACAGCUCUCCCGAAAACCGCAAAGCAGCCAGCAAGCGUGUUCUCGAAGCCGCCGAAUAUCUUAUGUAUUCACUGUUUUUUGUUGUGGGUCGUUGUGGAGAAGCAAUAUGCGAUGAAAGGCGUUUGUUGUAUACAUACGGACCAGCAGCAAUUGACACAACGAAAUUUUUCCACGUACUUGUAAAUGGCGAUACAUUGUUAUCACUACACGAAGCGUCACAUAUUACAGAAUUGUCUAACGGCUGUCCUUGUGUAUUGUACGUUCGACGAUCACCCAUGCAAACGGCAUCUGCAGGAGUGGUGAAACUUCGCCCAAAUCCUGAUGGUUAUCGUCCUGACCAACAACCGUUAUCAACACCGUUGUCGAAUACGGUUGAAAAUAGUGAGAUAUUUAAGUCGUUUGUAAGCGCUUCUAUUGGUCACAAAUUUGAGAUACCUCCGGAAUUCUACAAAGUAACAUGCAAACUAAUUUGUGCUCCAUUUCAAUUUCUAGAAUUACCUAUCUUAACAACUUUUUAUUUGUAUAUAAAGAAUUGCUUUCGGUUAAUUCCAAGUACAAAUCAGUUUGUUAAUCACCAGAAAAGUUUACAAUUCAAAGUUGUCUUUACUCAAAAUUCUGAUGGUAAUCAUAUGAAUUUGUUUUCGUCAUUGCCUUCUUUUUACAGUAAGGAAUUUUACCGCGAUCUUCACGAAGUUGUCGAUAGCUGUCCAACUCGAGCUCUUAACACCACCUACGUGUUUUACGUCAAAGAAGGCCAACGGUCGGCUGUGGACAUCCUUGGUAAUGCGAUGAACAUGCAGAAUACGUCAUCGGAUUUUUGUGGUUUUUUGGCUGGUCUUGGAGAAGGAGUAGAAAUCGGAUUGCACGAUUCCUGGACUGGACACUGGUCAACGGCUUACAGUAGUGAAAGAAAACCACUAGAAGAGUCGGAAGCUGUGGAUCACUAUGUGUUGGAUGGGGUUUCACAUGUAUUGUGGUGGGUUCGCGCAGGAUGUGAGCUGGUGUUCGUUUUGCCAACAGAACGAAGUGUAAGGAUGUUUAAGCAGGACUUGUCAUCACCGAAUGCGUUUCUUCCAAAACAUUGCGAGCUUCAUACGCGUCCAAGUGUACUUCUUUGUUUUUUUCAGUGUUUGUCAUUUUCAGGUAAUACGCCACCUUCGCGACGAAGUGCAGAGCUUCGGGUUAUGUUAGUGUGGCUUGAGCGUAGUGAGGAUAUGUUGCACUUUCCAAAACCAAUGUAUUUUUACUCAGACGAGUUGCUGAGUACGUGUGAUGACGGUGAUGAAAGGACGUCAAAUACGGCAAACCCUGCCCAUCUUGUGAUAUUUGUCCACCAAGUGGAAGCUGGUUUAGUCCAUAUUCGAACUAAGGGUUCUGCGAACAGGUAUGGAUUUGGCGAAGCUGGCCCUCUGUGUGACUCAAUGUCUGUUUCGCUGACGUCAUUACCGUCGUUUGUUCGGCUAACAAUUCUAAAUAUUCUGCGACGUAAUGUAGCAGAAAUUGAAAAUUAUCAGUUUACAAAUACGAAGCGCAAACAGGCCAUAGUGGACUUUGGAAAGAAAUAUGCAGCUAAUUUGACAUACGAGGAUUUUCUUCUACGUCUUAUGUUGUGGUAG